AUGAUCAGAAUAAUCCUCAACAGGAAGCUCAAGCGCCUCUGCUCCAAGCUCCGGUGGCCGCUCCGCCGCCGCUCCAAGCCCAAGGUCGUCAUCAAGAAGUUCGGAAAGUCCACCUCCAAAGCAAACCCAGACGCCGUUGCUAAUGGCUCGGCGGCGGUUCACCCGAACGGCCGGCCAAACGCUGGGAAACCGGAAAAGGUGGUACGUAUGGCCACAUUUAAUGCUGCCCUGUUCGCCAUGGCACCUGCAAUUCCAAAGGCUGAGAUUUCACCGAGUUUUGACCGCGGAGAUGAAGACUGUGCCAAGCCCAAGCAGCCGAUUGAUUUCAGUUUAAGGACGAAGUCGGCCGGUGACCGGCCGAGGAGCAUACUGAAGCAGUCUCCCCUGCAUCCCAGCUCCGGGCAGGAGAAUAUGAAUCUUCCCAAGCAGCAGAAAUUGGCCAGGUCGAAGAUGAGGGUUUCGAUCAAUUUGCCGGAUAAUGAGAUAUCGCUGAAGCGGAGUGGACAAUUGGCGUUUGUGGAGGACGAAAGGGAGCUUUCGAGGAUUCUGAAAGGGAAGGCUCCAUUGAGAUCCACGAGCAUGCCUCUGGCCCUGAAAACUGGCAAUGGAGUCCAUAACCAGAGGCAUGGUAGUGGGAGAUCGGUUCUUGAAGUUCUGAGAGAGCUGGACGCUGACAUACUGGCUCUGCAAGAUGUAAAGGCCGAGGAAGAGAAAUCCAUGAAGCCUCUCUCCGAUUUGGCCGGAGCUUUGGGGAUGAAUUACGUUUUUGCCGAGAGUUGGGCUCCGGAAUAUGGCAACGCCAUCUUGUCCAAAUGGCCGAUCAAGAGAUGGAAAGCCGAGAAGAUCUUCGACGACACCGAUUUCAGGAAUGUUUUGAAGGCAACAGUAAGUGUUCCCCAGGUAGGAGAGGUGAAUUUCCACUGCACCCACCUCGAUCACCUAGACGAGAACUGGCGAAUGAAACAGAUAAACGCGAUAAUCCAAUCCAACGAGGGGCCACAUAUUUUAGCAGGCGGCCUCAAUUCUCUGGACGAGACAGAUUACUCACCGGAGAGAUGGACAGAUAUUGUCAAGUAUUAUGAAGAAAUGGGAAAGCCAACACCCAAAGUUGAGGUGAUGAGAUUCUUAAAGAGUAAACAGUAUUCUGAUGCUAAGGAUUUUGCAGGGGAAUGUGAAUCGGUUGUCAUGAUCGCCAAAGGCCAAAGUGUGCAGGGGACCAGCAAGUAUGGAACUCGGGUGGAUUACAUAUUGGCAUCCUCGGAUUCCCCGUACAAGUUUGUUCCCGGAUCAUACUCUGUUUUCUCUUCCAAAGGGACUUCUGAUCAUCAUAUAGUGAAGGUUGACAUUGUAAAACUAGAAACCGACGCUCAAUCAGACGUCAGUAGGAAGUGCCGGCAGCCUAAACAGAGAAUUGUAAAAAUUACAAACUCUUCCUCACCGAAAGGCAUAUGGCCAACACAGAGAUAACAGAUAACAGUAGGUCGACUCUUGUUUUUCUCUUUUAUUGUUUUGAUUGGAUGUGGAUCUAAUUUAUGUAGGACAAGGGCAUGCUGUUGAGCCUGCUGUUCCUUUACUGUGCUCCUGUACGCAUCAUCUUGUCUUCUUCCUGAUUCUGAAGAGAAUAAAGGGGACGGAUGAAAUUUGAUGUGACGA